GCUUAAACCGUACACGAGAGUGGAAGUAUUGUGCGCGUGAUUCUUGUCGAACGCCGAGGUGACAACAAGUGAAGCGCGAGCUGUGUGUUUGUCAACGCGAAGAAGCUUCCAGGCGGAGCAGUGUUUACAGAGAACAUCGACGGGAUUUACCGACCGGAUGGACGGCGCGUCGGUCCUCAACAACGGUCAGCAUUGUGAAUGAAGGAGUACGUUCUAAGAGGGGAAUACAGUGUGUGACGUCCGUGAAGAAGACGUUGAAGAAGCGACUGCGCUGAUAACACUCUGUUUUGAUUAGUUCAGCGUGUACAACUAUUGGGAACAGACGAGGUCUUGGAGCCGCGUAUCAGUAACGUUCCGGGCAUUGUUGUGAAGAGGCAGAGUGAGUGCGGCUUCGCUAUUUCUGGAUUGCGUGUUUCGCGAGCGUAACCUACUGAUACCAUGGGAAUGUGGCGGCACUUUAAGUGAGUUCUGCGAAAAGAAGCAAGUGAUUGUUGUGGAGACAGCUUAACCGUAAGCGAAGAGAGAUAAGGGGAUUUGCUGAAAUCAGUGAAGUGAAGGAAGAAAUUUGGAGCUCAAAACAGUGGAUUAUUUGUGUGUGCAGAGCUACGGCCUGUUGCAACUGUCAGGAAGAUGAUUUAACGAACAAAUUGUUUCGCCGAUUGCCCACGGAACACCAACGGAGUCUGUGCGCCUGUUCACCGAACCGGAAACGCGCUCGGAGAUAACCUUUUCUUGGAUUGAAUCAACGACAGCCGCUGAGGCAUAACAGAGACAGAGACCCGAGCUACUACAUCAAGAUGCUGAAACACGUGCAGGUCUCGCCGAUGCGCAGCCGGUCCGACUCGCUGUCGAUGCGUUCGUCGACCUCGUGCGCGUCCUCCCUGUGCGGAAGUCCCGAACCGCCCAACGAGCAGCUGCGAAGCCACUCGCGAGCGUCCAGCUACUCGAGCCUGAACGAAACCAUACCGCAGACCACCAUCAAAAUCUACACCGCCUGUCUGCGCCAGGACAUCGAGUACAAAACGUUGGGAAUCUCGUACGACGCCACCAGCAAGAGUGUCGUGCAGCAGUUGCUGCGACGAUGCAAAAUGCGACACCGAGACCCCCGGCUGUUCUACCUGACGAUGGAGGUGACCGUGCGCCGACCGGGUGUCAAAUCCGUACUGGAGCUCGACGACGAAGCCCGGCCGGCGCUGCUGCAGGCGUGCCAUCCCAAGGGGGACUCCAGAUUUUGCCUCCAGCAAAAACCUGGCGGUCUGAUCCGGGUGCACACGUCCGCCCUCCAGCCCAACUCGCAGUACAAGUCGCUGCUCAUCUCCGAGGACACCACCUCGGACGAGCUGCUCUCGCUGCUCCUCUCCUGCUACAACUCCAUCGAACCCGUCGAGCAGUUCUCCCUGUACGAGGUGUGCCCCGGCCAGGAGUACCAGCGCAAGCUCCACCCGGACGACCUCCCCCUCAAGACCCAACUCCAGCGCCAGCAGAAGAAUGAAAUCAUGCACUUUCUGGUGCGGAGGAACCCGAACUACCCCCGACGGCGCCAAAUGCUCGCUCCAAUCUCCGAAUCCACCAAGCACUUUAUCAUCAGCCCGAACGGCCACCACCGGUUAUCGCUGCACUCGACGACCUUCCCGCUGAGCGCCGUUACGACCCCCACCAACACGCUCAUCUCGGACAUCGUGGACGGAGUGUCCUCGCUGAACACGCUGCCCAAAGGUCGACUAGCAUUACGCGAGUCCUGCCUGUCCAGCUCGUCCUCCAGCUCAUCCUCCUCAACGACCUCCUCCUCCUCUUCCUGCUCGUCAAGUUCCGCCAGCACCUCGUCCCUCGAGGACAACAACAACGACGACCGAACGAGCUGUGCGGACGCCCAGUGCCACCGGGACGAACCUCCCGCCAUCAAGUCCAAGAACCUGGACCGGUCCGUCCAGGCUCCGCCCCGCCCCUCCAAAGCCUCCCUCCUCCCCUCGCUGCUGACCGCCCCGAACGCGCCCUCCUACAACCCCGUAUACAACAUCCGGGAAAUUCGAACCGUUUGCAACUCCUUCUCCGCGCUCGGAAUCGACAAAAAGCUGGUGGACAUCAGCGGAACGACACCGGGCUCGACCGCCCCAAUCGUGCGCAGUGCCAUCGUCAAGGAGGCCGUCAACACGGACCCGAUGAAGGGGGUGGGAAAUUUCAUCUACAUUUGAGCGACCAUCCCGCCCCGGGGGAAAUCGAGACAAAGAGAGCAGAGUUCUAUUAUUAUAUAUUUUGUUUCAUCCUAGUCAAAGUUAUUAAUGUUAUUAAAUCGAUUUUAUUUGAUGUUUUUUUUCUGCUGCGAAAAAAUAUAAUUCUGUUUCGUGGUCCUGCGAGAGUAAGCUUCGCACAAAGCGAUCAAAGAAAUGAUGAGACUCGAAGUGU